AUGAGAGUUCACACUGGAGAGAAACCGUUUACUUGUAAUCAGUGUGGGAAGAGUUUCACACAAUCAUUAAGCCUAAAGAAACACAUGAACAUCCACACUGGAGAGAAACCUUACAAGUGUUCACACUGUGACAAGAGAUUCAGUCAGUCAACACAUCUGAAGAAACACAAGGUAGACCACACUGGAGAGAAACCGUACACAUGUGAUCAGUGCGGGAAGAGUUUCACACAAAAAGGACACUUUAUGACACAUAUGAGAACUCAUAAAGGAGAGAAGCCAUUCAUAUGUAAUCAAUGUGGAAAGAGAUUUGCAUACUUAGCAAACCUUAACGAACACAUGAAUAUCCACACUGGUGAGAAACAUUACAAGUGUUCACACUGUGACAAGAGAUUCAGUCAGUCAACACAUCUGAAAACACAUGAGAGGAUUCACACUGGAGAGAAACCUUACAAGUGUUCACACUGUGACAAGAGAUUCAAUCAGUCAACACAUCUGAAAACACAUGAGAGGAUCCACACUGUAGAGAAACCGUACACAUGUGAUCGGUGCGGGAAGAAUUUUGCACGGAAAGGAAUCCUUAUGACACAUAUGAGAAUUCACACAGGAGAGAAACUGUACACAUGUAAUCAAUGCGGGAAGAGUUUGAUUAGCAAAUAUAGUCUUGAGCUUCACAUGAGAGUUCAUACUGGAGAGAAACCGUACACUUGUGAUCAGUGCGGGAAGACUUUUGCACGGAAAGGAAUCCUAAUGACACAUAUGAGAAUUCAUACAGGAGAGAAACUGUACACAUGUAAUCAAUGCGGGAAGAGUUUGAUUAGCAAAUAUAGUCUUGAGCUUCACAUGAGAGUUCAUACUGGAGAGAAACCGUACACUUGUGAUCAGUGCGGGAAGAGUUUCACACAAUCGGUACACCUUAAGAAACACAUGAACAUCCACACUGGAGAGAAACCGUACACAUGUGAUCAAUGUGGCAAAACAUUUUUGUGGGCUUCAGACCUGAAGAAUCACCUAAGAGUUCAUACAAAGGAGAAGCCACAUUCAUGUUCUUUGUGUGGAAAGAGUUUUUCACUGAAGUGUUUAAAACAGCAUGAGAGGAUCCACACUGGAGAGAAACCCUACAAGUGUUCACACUGUGACAAGAGAUUCAGUCAUUCAUCAAAUUUGAAAAGACAUGAGAGGAUCCACACUGGUGAGAAACCUUAUCACUGCACUGCAUGUGGGAAGUGUUUCAAUCGUUCAUCGUCUCUACUCAGUCAUACAAAAAACUAUCACAUUGACUGAAGAAAACGAGGAGAAUAAAGAAUCAAGUGAAGUUG